GUCACCCUCCCUCAGCCCAGCCAACCUCAUACAGUGGUUCUUGUGGGGAAACAAGGGAGGGAAAAGUGUCAUCUAUACCAUUAUGGUCUCCUGAACAAAAGGCAGGAUAUAAAUGAAAUAAAUAUUAGCAGUAGCAGAUCAACACAUAAUGAAAUGGAGAAGAACAGGCGUGCUCAUCUGCGAUUGUGUCUGGAGAAGCUUAAAGGGCUGGUGCCUCUUGGACCGGAAUCCAGUAGACAUACUACAUUGAGUUUACUAACAAAAGCUAAAUUGCACAUAAAGAAACUUGAAGAUUAUGACAGAAAAGCAAUACACCAAAUAGAUCAGUUGCAGCGAGAACAGCGGCAUCUGAAAAGGCAGCUGGAGAAACUGGGUAUUGAGCGUAUACGAAUGGACAGUAUAGGAUCAACAGUUUCUUCGGAACGGUCAGAUUCAGACAGAGAAGAAAUUGAUGUGGAUGUGGAAAGCACAGACUAUCUCACAGGGGACCUCGACUGGAGCAGCAGCAGCAGCCCAAGUGACUCAGACGAGAGAGGGAGCUUGCAAAGCGUCUGCAGCGACGAGGGUUAUUCGAGUGCCGGCAUUAAGAGAAUAAAGCUGCAGAACAAUCUUAAGGCCUGCCUCAGCCUAUAAGGAGCCGGUAGCUUCCCCUCCCUUCCCCCAUCCACUGCUGUUUCCUUCUUGGAUUUCGCUAGGUAGUAUGUUGGACCGCUCCACAAUUCUCUUGCACGUAAACUUCUUGUACCAUCAACAUUACCAAAAUCUGCUUUGCCUAAGUCUGAAAACAGUGCAUAGGGUUGUGGGUUACACGUUCCGCUCUGGAGCACACGUCUGAUGGCAUCCACUAGCUUCUCUUUUCUGUCCCUAAAUUCAUCUCUGUGAGACUGAACAUUCCAACCAGAUUUCUGAGCACCCAGAAUAUUGUUGCACUAAUAGCAACAUACGUGUUUUUGGCCUGUGCUGCAGUUGCCAGUAUUCUGGAUGAAGCUUUUCACCGUGAGGGUAGGAGGGCCGAUGGCGAUCAACAAAAGCCAGACUAGUUUUCAAGCAUGGCCUCUGCAGAAGGAACCCUACUUUUUUGUCAUCCAUCGUGUAACAGUGGCAGGCAGAGGUUGAAACACCAUAUGCUUGUUAGGGAAUUGUGCAGUGCGUCUUUCCAGUCACUGUUAAGAAAUUGUUCUGAAAUGUCCCAAGUCAUUAUAUUAAUAAAGUGGCCAACCCUGAGGUUGGCAAUAGGGUUGAGAAAGGUAACUAAGAGACUAGACUAAGUUUGGCAGAAAAAGAGCCGGCUGAGUAGAAUUGUGCUGGAGGCUCUCAUUGGGAGUUGGGGGGUGGUUUUCUCUUUGAGCUGACUAUCCUGGUAGGAUGCCUUCAGUUCAGUGCAUCUCAAUAUUUUCAUGUCAGAUGACCAAAUACUACGCUUGUGCAAUCUUGAUUAUGUCGUCUUUGCAUUGACAGCUGCACGUUCUUUUUGUUGCUAGCAGCUCUUCAGGCUGCUGAGUCCUGCUUUUUGUCUCUGGGACAAUUCUUUCUACCUCAGAGAGAUGAACAAAGCUGAUCUCAACCCCUUUAGCACAAAUGAAUUAUGAUGCCUCAUUUGUAUACUUGGUUCCAGUCCGACCUGUUUCCUUAAAAAUUCAGCAAUAACCGAGUGACAAAGUUAGCUGUGCUAGCUUUGAAUUAAUGACUGAGGAGACUGCAUCAAAGUAAUUCUGUGGUGCCCUCUUGGCAUUCUAGCACUUCUUUACCUGUUUAAAUUAUUUGGUAGCCCUCCCAAUGUGGUGUGUGUGGUUUUGGAUUUUGGAUGUUGAGACUUUUUUCUGCCCCCUUUUCACCCUGUUUCUGCACUCCCAACAUCUGCAGCAUUCUUCGUUUAAGCUAAGUAGAGCACACGCAAAUGUACAUAAUGUGGUCUAUAAAUAGUAUUUAUUCAUUUUUAUAUCAACCUAAUGUACUAUUCUUAUGAUUUUGUGCUUUUAUAGAUGAUUAGGAAACUUUGUAUGUCAAGGUCUAAUGAACUUUCCUUUUCCCCUUCUUUUUGCUUUGAACUGCCCACUUCAUCAGCUCCCAAUGACUUUUAACAAUGAUUCUUUGUAUGCAGCUAGCUGUCCCCCAGCACUUAAAGACUAUUGGAGAGACAGUCAAGCAACUUCCUGUCACUUCACUCUCAAAGGGCUAUGUGGCGUGUUGCGCUUCACUGUGUAUUCCACGUUUUCUUUUAUCUACUAUACCAGAUAUCGAAACAAAUAAUAUGAAAAUGGGUUGAUUUUAAGAAACUCAGUUUUUGAGAUGGGAAGUGGGGCUAGUGGAUGGCUAAAGAUCUCCAAAGUUCAUUACUUGGGGUGUGCUGUCUUGAAACAAAACAAAAUAGAAGGAACAAGAGCUGGAAUUCUCAGAAGUCCAGCUGACUUGCACUGAACUCCUCCUUGCUGGAGACUUUCUUGCAUCUAUCUAGGAGCUGGCUUGCAUCUAGGAGUCCAUGCUGAAAACCCUUCAGAGACUGAGCUCCCAACCUGCAAUCUUUAAAGAAGUUGAGUAGCUGCACUUUGAAGUCCCUUGAUUCCAAUAGGUUUCUUGCCAGAGAUCUUUGAGUUUCUCUAUUUGUUAAUGAACUGCAUAAAACUCUCUCUCAAAUUCAGCUCCAUGUUGUCACCUUAGAGUUCCAAGUAGCUUUUCGUUUGGAGGGUGUUUGAUAGGGUAAAUUUAAAUUACACAUUUGUGUAUUUUUCUUUAGAAGUAACAAAACUUACUGUGGUUUUUUUUUAUUGUGCCUUUCGUGAGUUACUGGGCACAGUCGACUUUCAACCUCUCCUGGCCAGGGGCACUCCCCCUCUAAGUAAAUGGGAGCAGCAGAUAUAUCCAUAGUGGACUUGAGAAAAGAAAUUUUGAAGGGUUGCAACCAUUCUCUUCUUUAGUAAAGUAUUUUGGAGUUUUAUUUUAUUGUCCUUAUUGUGAACCAGUAAUUGAUCUUUGCACUGUCUGGAUGUGGUCCUUUCAAAAUGUGGGUGGUACAGAAAAUACUUAACUCCAUAAAUGAUGCACUAAUUUCAAAAGCUAAAUUAAAGAGAUCUGUGGUGUUUCAAAAACAUCUAAAUGAAUAAAUGAAUUGUCCUAGAGGCUUCAAGGACCCCUUCCAGUGUCUUGGUGAGGACUGGUCUUGGCAGCUCCACGCUUCAGUGGCCCCCGUGGUCCAUCCUUGAGACAGCUGCCCCAUUGCAUGCAGGCUCCAUAACAGCACCCAGGAGGGUUGCGUAGUCCUGUGCCAUGUUUUUCAGUAGCAGCGUAGCUGUGGGUGAAUCACCACACCAGGCGCCCUGUCAAGUGAGAUGAGCUGAAGUUCCCUACGCUGCCAGGGUGGCAUGGAACAGUCACGCAAAUAGUGGGGACUCCACUGCCCUGAUAAUGUGUAAACUAGGCCAUGGAAAUGUAGCAUUCUGGUGUGGCCAGCCUUUCUGUCGUAUUCACUGAUCCACCAGCAUUAUUAUGUAAUAAGCUGCAGAAAAUUAAUUUUGUAGAUCGUUAAUGGGGAGCUGUGUUUCUGUGUCUGUGUUUACAGCUGGAAGUUGUGUGUGUGUUUAAAAGGUCACACUAAACGCUGAAGCACUGAGCAACUUUUUUGCAGACAGUAAAUCCAGGGGACACUUGAUCGGAAGUGAAAAUUGAGAAUUUGUGCUCUUAUUCAUCAAAAAUAGACAUGGCUGUCAGGGUGACAAUCUGAAGUAUCCCAAAAGUAUUGUCUUUACCUGGUGAAUCUUUUCCUGAGUGUUGAACACCCAGAAAUUUUAUUACUGUGUAUUUUUUUAACAAAGCAGAGCUUUCAAGGUGCUGAUAGUCACAUCUUAUGAACUUUUUUCCAGGGUUUGUGUGAAUACCUGUUUUUGAUUCAGAUUCAAAUUCAAAGCACUUAUUUGAAAUGUGUAAUUAGGUGCCACAAACAUGCUCACCUUCUUGCAAGGUUGCAGAGCUCUGGGCAUUAGCAGGGUGUGCACUGCCAACUGCCAUUUUAGCACUUUGUUCUCUCUUCCCAGGUGCCCAUAAUCCAUCUUGCUUCUCUUCAGAACUAAAUUUCUGCAAUGGAGUUUACAAACACAGCCCGGAGGAGAGAGCCCUGUGUUCUCUGGGAGGGAUGAAGGGGGGGAGGGUUUAUUUUUUAAGUGCUCACUGCCUAAUUAAAUGUUGGCAUCUGAUUUACAGCAAUAUAAUGGGACUCAGAGUCCUCCUUUCGCCCCCUUGGUCACAAAUUCAGGUUUUGACACUUACUGUAUUGGGAUGAAUACUGCUUUUGAUAUCUAGUUAUGCAUUUGCUCCCCAAUUAUCAAUUUGCAUCCUUGGAAUUUUUUUCCCCCUUUCCUGUUAGCGCAAGUGGCUUUUUUCUGUUAGGGUUACCUGAAAUUCAUUGUACAGCUAUGUGAAUCAGUGAUGCUUUUGGUUUGAAGGAAUAGCUGUCCCAAAUGAUUGAGCAGAAGAAAUUUCUUUUUAUGCUACAAAAUGUAAUUAUCAAGAUUAUUUUAGCAAACCUCUUUAUUUGAACUGUAUUGCCUGGUUGAAAGACACUUAAAAGUCUGUUUUGCCCUGGCCGCCAUCUGCUCGAUGUUUGUUGAAACUAGCUCUUCCCUCCUAAAAUACCCCAAAGUUUGACUCGCUUGGGGCAUUUGGCUUUAUUUUUGUACUGUUCUUUUUUUAUUUAUCGAGGAACGUGCAUCAAGUCGGUGCUCCGAACAACACUUGCAGUUUUGAACUUUUGAAUUUAGUUUUGGAGUCUUCCAAAUUAUAAUGCAGGCUAAGCAGGGAGCAGCAAAGGGGGAAGGGGGUGAGGAUUCCGUUUCCAAAUGUAAAUACCACAUCAUUACAAAUCCUGUGUCAAGACCAUAUAAUGGUGCUUUUUAUUACAGUUAGCACAUGCAUUUUUAGAAACUACAUGUUUUAGACAACCUUGCUGUGUAUAUGUAUACUUCUGUAUUGUUCAACUGUUAGAAAAUAAAUUAUUU